CUUAAGCCAAGUGGGGAAGGAUGAGCUAAAAUUCUCAAACGUACAGCAUGCCACCAUGAAAUCGAUGGUUGAAUUUCUUACAAAAUUCCGACGUGUCGUUGAAAUAUUGAGUUCAGAUAAAUCGUGCACCAUCAACCUCGCCUUACUGCUUAAGUCAGAAUUGGAGGAUGUUUUGAAAGAGGACGAGAACGAUAGUAUCGUGGUUGGUGAGCUCAAGAGGCGUCUCCUCGCAAGACUAGACUUCCGGUACCCUGUGGAUGAUCUCCUAGUCACUUCUGCAAUUCUAGACCCGAGCUGCUGCGAUUUGCUGAUUGUCGACAAGUACUUGAGAGAACGUGGUAUGACGAAGGCCGAGUACUUAGCCCAGCAAGUGCGGCUCCACGUGCUGGAGUCUCACCUCCCACAAGAGGCCCAACAGCACCACGAAGAGACACCCGCCGAUGACGCUCACCCUGCACAGCCCGGCCCCAGCACUGGCCGUACUACUAAAAGGAAGAGCAAUACAGCCGAGGAAGUGUUAACACUCUCCAGAAAGCACUCGAAGAAUAAAGAUGGUACAAGGGCUGCCGCUAUCGAUAGAGAAAUAAGACAGUAUCUUGACGCCUGCAACCCAUCCGACGUCACAGACAAUGACAUUCUAGCUUACUGGAGGCGGCGCAUUAACCAAUAUCCGUGGCUGACAACGGCAGUUCGGAGAUUUCUUUGUGUUCCCGCAACCUCAACAACUGCCGAGAGGGUUUUCUCAAUUGCAGGGCUAACUGUGACAGCAAAAAGGUCACGACUCCACCCAGACCGAGUAGAUAUUGUUAUUUUUAUCCAUGAAAAUUACGAAGUGUGCCGAAACCUCUUUGCCAGUAAUUAGAACACUACUACUGUACUUUCUUGUGUAAUGUGCCAUGUGACCAAUGUGAUCCCUAUCCUUAGAAAGGUAGUAAUACAUUAAUUAUUUUAUAUAAUAAUUAUUAUUCCUGACUCUGACUGAGAUUUAUAAUAGUCUGUUCGUUUGUUUUUCCUUUCAAAGCAUCUCUAGUUAAUUAAAAUGAGCAUAAUGAGAUGAGAAAUACGCGUUUUUACUGUCAAAAUUCCCAGCGCGCGCCGACGACGCCGACGA